AUGAAAAUAUUUGAAGUCAACGCGAGUGGUGUUGGACCUGGUGGUGUAUGCUAUCAAGUGAUGGAAGUUGUUGGUACAAAGUUUUAUUGUUUGCUCGGGCAGAGAGCCUCUUCUGCCAAGCCAAAUGCAAUCCAUAUAUUUGAUAUGGUUAAAAAGGAAUGGCAAGAAAUUGAAAAUCCAAAUGGAACAAGUCCAACUCCUAGAGCAAUGCCAGCUUCUUGCGUUGUCGGAAAUAAGAUUUACGUUUUUGGUGGCUACUCUCAAGCUACACCAGUUUCAAAUCAUACAGUGUAUAACGGAAUGUACUCGUUUGACACCGAAACUCAUACAUGGACUCAUAUUGAGUGUCAAGGACUGUGUCCUGAUCCAAGAGCGGGUGCUCAGAUGUGGCAGUACAAGGGCAAAAUCUAUCUUGUAGGCGGAUGUCAAGGUAGACAAUUGUAUUUUACAAGUCUGUAUGAGUACAAUAUUGAAGAAAAUAUUUGGAAAACUGUAGAGACUACUGGAUAUAUAUCAUCUAGCUCAGAAUUUAAUCCCAUUGUAAAUCCUUCGAACCAAAAUGAAUCUAAGACUCAAUGUCCAGAGAGAUUUUGUUGCUUCUCUGUUAGUGCUAUUGAAAAUCUAGUGUAUAUAUUCGGAGGCUUGUUCGCCCAUGAAGAAAUGGACAAACAUUCGGCAUCUAAUGCAAUGUUUGUGCUCGAUAUGGAGACGCUUGAGUGGAUCAAGCCAGUUUUUGCAGAUGACAAUAAUAUCAUUCCAGGAGCGCGAGCAUCACACACCAUGACCGCAGUAGGUCCAAAUUUGAUUCUUGCUGGAGGAUGUAAUGUAGUUAAUAAUUCUGAUUAUGACCAACAUGUUUAUCUUUUCAAUAUUCUGGAGAGAAAAUGGUAUCGCUUAACUGAUUUCUUUUUUGGAUCACACAUGCCAAAACUUGUUGGGCUUUCCUCUGCAUAUUGCAAAGAGACAAAAGAACUUUUCUAUCUUGGAGGUAAAGGAGCUGAUGACGUUCUCAAAAAUCACUUUUAUCUUAUUGACACAAAGUUGAUCAAACAAAUUAAUGAUUACUCGAACGACUCAUCAACCUCAGAGAGUAUCAAACGAGCUCAUAGAAAAUCGAUUAGAGCCUUGGAAGAUAUCAAAACAAAAGAUAGGACAGCAAGCAAUAGUUAUGGAACCAGAGAUAAAAGAAGCAAGUCAUCUGCUGUCGCAUACUCUCCCCUCCCUCAACAUGACACUGAUGAGGAUGAUAGUGGUCUUUUGGAUGGAGACACAAAAACGAACAGAAGAAGGACUGUUGGCUCAAUAACGAAAUUAUUUAGCAGAAUUAAGUAA